AUGUCAAACAAUACCCCGCGGGUUCUAAGGAGCGACUCGAAAAAACUGGCCAUUGAGGUAAAGGUGGUAAACAACUUUGACCCUAAACUCAGCAGCUCGAGGCUAGCUGAAACGCAGGAUCCUUCGCGAAAAUCGGAACGAACCCCUAAAUCUCCAACAAGGGAGAGCGCAGGGGCAAGUGCGGAACUUCUGCCAUCAGCAGAAGCUACCAUCUCGGGGGAAUCUGAUAUCGAAGAAACUCCUGAAAUAACACAACUCCAGUUAACAAGAGAAUUGAGUGCACCGGAGAAGCCUCAACUCUUGCUAUGUGUCAAUUGUUACAAUGCACAAAUAGAAAAUAAUAUUGUUUUACAACUUGCACAAUCCUAUGAUAAUUUACAGUGUGAUUUCAUACAUAGACAUAGUAAUCAUCAUAUACAUUGUUUUAUAUGUAAAAAAGACUCAAUUAUGAGGCCUAUCCUAUUUACGAGAGAAAUGCUACCCAAAUGUUGCGUUCCUGGCUGUACCAGCAAUUAUGCUUCAUCCCAAGAAGGUUAUGUAACCGUUUUUUGGUUUCCUGUAGAGGUGAAUAAACGAGAGUUAGGGCUGAAAAAUAUUCCAAGAAAAGAUUGGAGUCCCACAAAAACAUCUGUUGUGUGUAUCAAACAUUUUAAAGAAGACGAUCUUUCAAGGUUUGAAAAAUACAAAGAUGUUUCAGAUACCAUGGAUUAUGAUCCCUUAAAUAAGCAUAGUAGACCAAGAACGUUAAAUUAUAUUUAUACUUUGGAGGAACACCGAAGAAGAGGCUUCGCAGAAAAAUUAUUGCUACAUCUGAAAGAACGAGAACAAUUUUCGGCCUUUUGCUGUAACGAAGAAUCUCUUUAUUUACACAGUGCAACUGUAUUAUUAAUCACGGCGAUAAUGGCGUGGUCUCUAAAUCUAUUAACAAAGAAACACAUAAAGAAGUAUGAGGCUUAUCAGUCUACUUAUAAACUAGCCUUUAAACAAACUGAUGACAAAUCAGGCGGUAACUUAACUACAAAUAAAGAACAUCUGUUAGACGUAUUACAAGAAGGCUUAAAUAAAGCUAAGAAUGAAGCAAAAUACGUACCAGGUGAUAAAAUCAGAAUUACCGCUCUUAAUGAAAAUUUCAAUAACCCCGUUUCGACAGAAGUCAGUACCAAUGUAAAUUUUGAUAAAUUACUAGAACAAAUCGAAAAUGUUGUAACCUCUGAUAAUCAUGUUAAUAUAAGUGGCACAACAUUCGAUAUACAAAUUCUUAAAACAACUAGAAAUUAA